UGUGAUUGAUUUAAUUCUACAGGAAAGUCUCCAUUUUGAACCAGUUGAUCUGUCUACAUUGACAACAUAGAUUUUGUUUAGGCUUUUUAAAUCAUGCCAAGAAGAGGGAGGAAAAGAGGUGCAAGAUGGUCAUGUGAUGACAGAAAGGGAAAUCAAGAAGCAAUAAGGAGAAGAAGGGAACAAGAAGCAGAGCAAGAAAUAACUCAACUUUUCAGAUAUGAACAAGAGAGAUACCAAGAGAUAAGGGAUGAAGAGGCGGAGCAAGAAUCAACUCAAUGUCUCAGAGGUCAACAAGAGAGACAGUGAGAGGGAAGGUCUCAAAAGACCCAGCAAGACACAACUCAAUGUAUCAGAGAUGAACGAGAGAGACAGCGGGAGAGAACGGCUGAAGAAACACAGCAGGAAAGAACUGAAUGUCUCAGAAAUAAACGAGAGAGACUUUGCGAGAGAAGGGCUCAAAUGUCGCAGCAGGAAAGAACUGAACGUGUCAGAGUUGAACGAGAGAGACAGCGGGAGAGAAGGACUCAAAACAUGCUGCAAGGUCAACAUCGCUCCUCUGAAGACUCUCCCGAAUGCACUCAUUAAUUUGUAUACAGGCGAUACACCACAAGACCAUGAGUUCAGAAAGAAUAUUAGACAAUACAAUUGCCUCUUUCAACUCACGUCAUUCGGUGCCAAGGAAGUGGUGGCACAUGGAUGGAAUCCUUCAGUGAUCAUUCAAGGCCAGAUUUAUCAUUUCAUUGGUUCGUUGAUGCCUGACCAAGAUCAACAAAGUAAAUUUUUACUAAUCUAUUUCAUGGACCCGCAUGAUAGCAUUGAUUUGCGAAUGAGUAUUCUCCAAGAUGCUGGUAUUCAAAGGGACACUGUUGAGAUGCUUGAAAACAUGAUAAGACUAAACAACCCUUACAUUGAUUCACUUGUGAUGACGACGGAGAGAAUUAGAGAUUUACCAGAGGCAUCAAUCGUUAUUGAUCCCAAUUACCGGCCACCCUUAGAACAUGAACGGAGGUUUAACACGCAAACUGCCAAUGUAGUUGCUGUCCUCAUACCAAAAAGUAAUCAGCCUGCUGCAACAUCACGCCACAUUGUCUUGAGUGUAAGAUGAAGAGGAUGAGCAGAAGGAGGUCUGAAAAUCAUUUCAGAGUCCCAUAGGUCUUAUGACAGAUUUUAAUACAUCC